AUGGCCUGUGAGAACUGCGUGCGCGGUGCGCUGCACACGGGCACGCCCGUGGGGAAUGAGACCAAGUUCGACGGCGUGGACGCAUACGGCAACUUCAAGGUCAUCCUCCCCGACCUCUUCAACGGCUCGCGCGUCCCGCUCUGGGCGCUCACCUCCCUGGACAAGGACGUCCCGAUCCUCCACCGCCUCGUGCUCUUCCCCGCCGCGCUCCUCUUCAUCGUCCCCUUCGUCCUCCGCAACCGGCCGCGCCAGAACGCGCUCAUCACCUCGCUCGCGGCCGCCGUCCGCGCGUCCGCGCCGCCCGGCGCCGCGGUCGGCUUCCUCUUCGACGCGGCCGCGGCGUGCCACCCGUCGGGGGUCUCGUUCCCCGCGGACCUCGCGCUCGUCGAGCGGCCGUUCUCGCUCGCCACCGGGGUGAAGGACCCCUACUUUGGCAAGAGCAGGGCGGAGGAGGCGGAGAAGAAGUGGAAGGAGAUGGGGCUGGAGGUGGAGGUCGUGGUGUACGAUGGCGUUGAGCACGGCUGGACGACGCGUGCGGACUUGAAGGACCCGGUGCAGCGGAAGGCAAGGGACGACGUGGUGUCGCAGGUGUUGACGUUCUUCACCAAGUAUCUGAUCCCGAAGGAGGCCUGA